AUGGCCUCCUCAAGCUCGUCUCACAGCCAGAACUUGGAUCCCAUUGCGCUUCCUGUCAGGCUCAGCACGUCUAGUGUGCGACCCUUUGCCUACAGAAUCUUGUCCAAGACCUAUGGCUUGCACAUCAAGUCCUCUGCUUUGCAAGUCUUGACUGACUACAUCGGCAGGACCUAUGGUUCCAACUGGAAAUCUCCCAAAUCGUUGGCAUUUAUCGAGGAUGUUGCAAAGUACUGGAAGAUCAAGUUCCAAUCAAACACAAAUUUAUUCAUUGAUGGUGAAAACUUAAAGAUUGUUAUCAGCGAGAUCAAUAAGCAAAAAGCACAAGAGUCGAGCCAUAACGCGAAAACCAACAUUCUCUCAAGUGACAGCUUGAGAUCAGACACUUUUGUCGAUUUGCAGAACAACGUCUCUCAAAUCAAUAUCAACGACGAAUCACGCGUCAUUGAUAGUGAGGACGCUCCUGGUGAUACUCAAAUCGUCACACAAUCAAAUGAAUUGGAGAAAAGUUUUAAAAUCAAAUGGCAAAAUUUUUACAAAGUGCUAGAUACCAAUAGUCAAUAUAUCUACAAAUACAACAAUUUAAGAAAACAGUUUCAACUAAUUUACAGUCCCUUUUUUUUAGAUAAUAAGGCUAAAAAUCAGCCCAUAAGCAAUAAAAACAAUACAAUUAAUGAUUCUUUGCUUUCUUUCAAGCUACCUUCAAUAGACGAUAUCCUAUCAAAAAACUUAAAUCGUUAUCAUUUAAUUUACGAAAGACUAUUGAGAAAUGACAAUUACAUAGUAGACUUUAAUUCUUUUUCUUCUUUAUAUUACUCAAAUAACAUUGACGACACCGAAAAUACUCACCACAAUAAUAUUGAUAACAUUAAAAAAAUUUCUCUAAUAAAAAAUCUUCUAGGUAGACAUGGUGAAUCCUUUUUAAUCUUUGGUCUUUUGAAUAAAAAUCAAUUUGGAAACUACCAAUUAAACGAUUCAUCUGGCUUGAUUCAAUUGGAUUUCAGAUCUUGUAACUCAAUUAAUAAUUCCUUUUACUUUCUAGGUUGUUACUUGUUAUGUAAAGGAACAUACUUGAAUUUUGGCGGUAUUUCAAAUUUUCUCGUUAAAUUAAUUUAUCAUCCCUUGCCAGAAAAGAGAUCACUGACAUUAAACAACUUUGAAAAAAUUUAUGAUUUUGAACAUUCUCUAAGACAAAAAUAUGAAAACUCAUUCUCUUUACCUAUUAAUACCAUUAAUAAUAACAUCAAUCUGAAUAACCCUUUACAUAAAAUUAUCAUAUUAGGCUCAAAUUGUUUCUUAGACAAUCCUAAUUACUAUUUAGUUUUAAAUAAAUUAUUUGAAAAAAUUUCAAAUGAUUUAAACAACCUACCAUUAUCAAUAGUAUUUUCCGGCUCUUUUAUUUUAAAUUCUUUUGAAUUAACCUCUUUUAAUGAAUCAAGCACUGCGUCUUCAACAAAUUAUAAAUCGUUUUUUGAUUCUUUAGCUUUACUAUUAUCAAAAUAUCCCUUGAUUUGUUCAAAUGUUCAUUUUAUUUUUGUUCCUGGCGAAAAUGAUCCUUUCAAUUCACUAGUAUCUCAGGGCUCAAAAUCUUUAUUAUUUCCAUUAAAUAAAUUACCUGAUAUUUUUUUUAGUAGAUUGAAAAGAUUGAUUAAAAAUUUUCAAUUAGUGACAAAUCCUUUUAAAAUAUACUAUUUAAGUCAAGAGUUGGUAGUUUUUAGAGAUGAUAUUUAUGAAAGAAUUAAAAGGAAUGAAAUUGAAUUUCAAGGUGAUUUAGAUCAACAAAAUGAAAAUGAAAAUGAAAAUGAAAAUGAAAAUGGAAUCGACAUUGAUACUGAUAUCUAUACUAACAAUGAAAAUCAAAUUACAAGUUCAUUUAAAUUAAAUUCAAAUAAAUUAGUCAAAACUAUAAUUAACCAAUCUCAUUUAGUACCUUUUGGUUCUGAUAUCGUGCCGAUAAAUUCAAAGUUUGAUCAACUAUUAACUUUAAUUCCAUCACCCAAUACUUUAAUACUUUUGGAUUCAAGUAUUGAUUUCUUUGAUAUCAAUUAUAUGGGCACAAAAGUUAUUAAUGUGGGAAAACUAUUUGAUGACGUAAAAAGAAAAAUGAACUAUGUUGAGUAUUUCCCUGUUUUGAAAAAAUGUGAGUAUCAGGAAAUAUACUAUUAA